CCUACGUACCAAAACUUGGUAAAAAUGGGGUAAAUAGAGAGAUCACAUGACCCCACAUUUUUGCACCAAAAAUGUACAAUCCCACUUAAAAAAGUACAAUUUCGACACCAUUUAUAGUACAAAAAUUUUUGCCCUUGUAACAACGCUGUAUAUGAAUGAGAAUCUUUAGGCCCUACAUAUCGGAAGUUAUUUUACAACAGGAUUUGGUAUACCCAGGACCCAGAAUUUAUCUGCAAGUUUUUGAAAGUUUCAAAUGCAUUUUUAAAUGAGAAUCUAAGGAUUUUUGACAUGCUGUUGUUUUUGUUUAUUCAAAGGUUUUUUUUCAUCUGGAAAGGUCACUGUGACUGACAUAUGGAGGCUAGACUGACAAACUGACAACGACAACAAACUGCUUCGUGCUGACAAUUGACAAACUUGCAUGGUAUCCGAAUGGUACGAAAAAGUCAAAGCAGCAAGUCUCCUAGCAAAAAAUCUAGAAAAAGCGAACCAGAUGCGACCCAUAAUGUGAUGUUCACCACGUACUCGAGAGGUUCGGUUCAUAAAAGGAAUUUAUAUAUCGUUUCAUUUCCCAUUAUAUUCCUGUUUACAAUUCUACGUUCUUUGUUGUAUCAGAUCUUUCUCAUCCUACGCUUUGUUUAUUUUCGUUCGUCAAAUUAUUUCGUUAAAACUAGGAACGAAGAUGCUAACACGAAUGACGAUACCGAACGCAGCAGUUGUAUUUUAGUUGAAGAAAUAACAGAAAUGGCUCAAGUAAGGAGCACAGGGCCAGGUCCCGGAGACCCACUUCUAGCUAAACAAAAACACCAUCACAGAAGAGCGUUUGAAUAUAUAUCGAAGGCAUUAAAAAUAGAUGAAGAAAACGAAGGCCAGAAGGAUUUAGCUAUUGAUCUUUACCGCAAAGGAAUUACAGAAUUGGAGCUGGGAAUAGCUGUCCAAUGUUGGGGUGGUCGAGGUGAAGUAUGGGAGAGAGCACAACGACUGCAUGAAAAGAUGAAGACAAAUUUGGCAAUGGCUAAAGACCGGCUUCAAUUUCUAGAAAAUGAGGAUAAACUGCAACAGUUGGAGUUUGAAGUUAAAUCAAAAGAGUCUAAGUUACUUAGCAAUAUACCUACCCCCAAAGUAAAUGUUCCUAAACUUCCAGCAUCUGGCAGAAAACUGACUGUAGCUGGAAAACGUCCCACAAACUCCACCCUAUCAAAAAGUCAAACGCUUCCCAGGUCAAUGGGAUCUCGAUCAGCUCCCAUUCAACCAGUUAGACCAUUCAAUAAAGUUGCUUCUACACCUCCUGCUGUUAAAAAACAGUUAUCUAUACCAGGAAAUGUUUCAUCUCCAUCACGUAGAACAAAUAAUGGAAAUACUACUAAUUUGGGAAAUACAAGCAAAUCAGGGGCCAGAGGUCGUUCCCCUACAUUGAAGGGUGUCGAUCCUAAAUUAGCGCAAUGCAUCUUGGACGAGAUCGUCGAGGGAGGACCCCAAAUUCAAUGGGAUGAUAUUGUUGGUCAAGAAACAGCCAAACAAGCACUGCAAGAAAUGGUUAUUCUCCCUUCAUUGCGCCCAGAACUGUUUACUGGACUAAGAACACCAGCCAGAGGAUUGUUACUGUUUGGGCCUCCUGGUAACGGAAAAACUUUGUUAGCAAGAGCCGUUGCUACGGAAUGUCAGGCUACAUUUUUUUCAAUCAGUGCAGCCAGUUUAACAUCAAAAUAUGUAGGAGAUGGUGAAAAAAUGGUCAGAGCCUUGUUUGCCAUAGCAAGAGAACUACAACCAUCAAUUAUAUUCAUUGAUGAAGUGGACUCUUUGCUUUCAGAGAGGUCUAAUAAUGAACAUGAGGCCAGUCGCCGUUUGAAAACUGAAUUUUUAGUUGAAUUUGAUGGAUUACCUAGCAAUCCCGACAAUGAGAGAGUCCUAGUCAUGGCAGCAACUAACAGACCACAAGAACUAGAUGAAGCAGCUUUAAGGAGGUUUACCAAAAGAGUUUAUGUGACUCUACCUGACUUGGAAACUAGAAUAAAAUUACUGAAAAAGCUUCUUUCGAAGCAGGGUUGUAGUCUGACGUCGCAAGAACUGAAAAGAUUGGCUACAUUGACUGAAGGGUACUCGGCAAGUGACCUUACAGCUCUUGCCAAAGAUGCGGCUUUAGGCCCUAUAAGAGAAUUACAACCAGAACAGGUUAAACAACUAGAUCCUAGCGCAAUCCGAAGUAUCACAAUGAAGGAUUUCUUGGAUUCCUUGAAAAGAAUUCGAAGAAGCGUGUCUCCACAAAGUCUUGUGGCAUAUGAGAAAUGGUCACUUCAAUAUGGUGAUGUUUCAAUAUAACCAUUCCAUAGCAUUUGUUUACUAUGUACCAUUUCUUUCAUUUUUAUUUAUCUGUGAUAACACAGUCAAUGUGUUCCAGAAUGUGGAGAAAAUGAUAUUGUAUGAACAGGACAACUUGAAGUUCAGUAUUUUCCACAUUUAGUGGUGUUAUUUGUAGUAUAUUAUUUCAUUUCCUUGUUGCCGUUUGAAUUAGAUAAUAGGAUAUGUGAAUUUGUUGUAGCGUAGUUUCACUUGCCAUACAACUAUUUUAGAAUUUUGUUUGGCAAAUUUUUACUAUUUUGGAUUAUAAACAUUAAAAAUUAAUAUAGAACGUAAGAAGUGUUUAUAUUCCGAAAUUAUUAUAUUAACAAAUUGGUUACCCUUUGGUUGGACCAAUAUAAUAAGAUUUGGCAGACCAUCGCUUCAUUUUUUAUCAUGUUUAUAUAUUGAACGAUUAACUUUUAAUAAAUCAGUGAUAAUCAAGAAAA